AUAAGAAUACAAUUUUUUCGCCCGACGCCAACGUUGUGGCAACCUUUGUAACGCUAUAUACUUUUUCUACGGCAGAGUUUUUGGAAAAAGAAUCUUAUUUUUAAGUAUUGAAAUAAAUUAAAUACCAAUUAAAAUAAUGAUGGUGCCGUCGCGCUUGCUUACACCGCAGCUUUUGAAGCAAGCUUCUUUUAAAAGAAUUGUCACGUUCUCCACAAAGCACUUACACAAGGAGACAGCUAAUGCGAACGCUACCAAUACAGCCAAACAUCCUGGCGGCAAUGCAGAUUCGCGGAAAUCUAUUGCCCCAACAACAUACCGGUUUAUUUAUCCAGAAUUUUUACCUGACCCCAAAGUGGAAUGGCGUAAUCCAAUAAGGGAAAAACUGGAGCGUAUGGAUAUGAUUGAUAGACGUACUCAAAUAGAAAUACCCGAAUUUUAUGUGGGAUCUAUACUUGUAGUCACCAGCUCCGAUCCACAUGCAGCGGGAAAAAUUAGUCGCUUUGUUGGUAUAUGUAUUCAACGUGAACGCUGUGGACUAAGGGCCCGUUUCAUUUUGCGUAACGUUAUUGACGAACAAGGUGUUGAAGUCCUUUAUGAGAUGUAUGACCCUACAAUACAGAAAAUUGAAGUUCUUCGUUUGGAAAAACGUGUCGAUGAUCAUUUAUUGUAUUUAAGAGAUGCAUUGCCUGAAUAUAGCACAUUUGAUCCAAAUAUGGAGGCGGAAGUGGUGGAAGAUGGUACCCCUGUGCCUAUAAAUGAAAUUCAAGUGCGUCUACGACCACGUCCCUGGCUGGAGCGAUGGGAAAGGCAAAAUUUAAAAGGUAUUUCAAAUAUUGAUGAAUAUCUUAACGACAAAAGAAGACGAACAGCUUUGGAACACGAAAAACCAUGGGAGAAGUUUGAUCUUAUGAAGCAAUAUCGUUCUACUAUACCUGAAGAGGAACAAAAAGAAAUUUAUGCUGAAGUAUAUUCGCAAUUGCAUCAAAUGGAAUUACAACGAAAGAAAAACAAACGUAAGAGGUCUUUUGUAAAGCCCACAAAAUUGGCAUAAAAUGUCGUUGUUUGAAAAAAAAAAUAAAUAUAGGAAGAAUGUUUGUUGAAAAUAUUUUCUUGUUACUACA